AUGAGACGCGGCUUCUCCGUGAUUUUGCCCAACCUGCCGGGUUGCGGUGGCUCCGCGGCAAACGCGGAUACCAACGCAAAGCACCUGGGACCGGCGGACGAGGAUUGGCGAAUCGUGGAGGUCAUGAUCGGCGUCAUGUGGCAUCGCUCGCUCGACGAGUCUCCACAUGUUCAGGGCCACUCGCCGCUUGUGGCUUCCUCCCCAUACGUGAGCAAGCGCGAGCCCGGGAAGCCUCCGCCUGGCUAUCGGCCACUGCAGAAGUGCACGUUUUGUCCGCCAGGUGGCAUUUGGCCGGCAAUCUUUACUUACUACUUAGACUAUGUUAACGACAUGGUGCAGAUCAUAACUUUUCUCCUCAAUCAUCACUACUGGUUUGCUUCCUUCAUGGCACUGACCCAAGCGCUGAGUCUUUGUGUGACCAUCUACUAUCACAAGCAGGAUGAGUCACAGAUUACACAGAAGAAGCUACGGAGCCGCCACGGCUUCGCUUUCGAAGAGGGCCGCAUGUCACUCAGAAUUGGUGUGCCAACAAGACAGUGGCAAUUUCUCAUGCAUGUGGAAGAAGUUAUUGAGGCUCCGGCUACUGGUCUUGUCGGUGCCUACGGCAUGUCAUUGGUUCCGACUCUUACCUCCAUACAGGCCGCGAGUGGUAUGUACGGGCUCAUUGCCUCUGCCCUAGCCAUGGGACGAGGGCGCAUGGGCUACGAAGCCCGCUGUCGAGGUCCGCCUCGCUUCGCUUUGCCUGUCGCAGCACUGAAGUCCUUGUGCCCCACCGCAGCAACGUCUGCCCUGCUUGGUUAUCAGACGGUUUUUGCUGCGGAGCUAGCGAUUUUUGCCGUUGUCAGCACAGUGCUGCAUCCCAUUGUUGGCCUCGCCGGCUUUUGCGGUGGAUUUCUGAUUGAUGCAUUCAUUGACAUCAGAAGUGGUGCAGAUCUCGAAGCCAACGGAUUCUUUGGCGGACCAAAUGUCAGUGAUGUGUGGUCCUUGGUGAAUGUAAUGGCUGGAAGGCAUACCAAAGUAUUCUUCCCCACAAGCGCAGGUUGUUACGGAGUCAUUCCCAGGCUCUUCGUCGUGGUGCGCUUGGCUGUUUGUGCUUCCCUCUGCUCAUUGGCAGAUCUGCCCAACGGGCUGUUGCCUUUGGGCACCUUGGGCCGUCCCAUGGGCCACUCAGUCCUCCAAGAAGUGUUUCUUGAUGCGACGACGGUUUGCCGGGAAUCCAUCGGCUGCUUGCUGGAAGGGGAAGUCUGCUGGCCAGAAGCUGGUGAUCAAUCUGUUCCAUCUACGAUGUUUCAUGCGGCCCUGUUUCUUUUGGCCGUGGGGCUUGGCAGCUUACUUAUCGUCACAACGGUGGGGCUCGCAGUCUACGUGUAUUCUGUUUGUCCGGAUAUGUCUGAAACAAUGGUUCAAGACAUUGCUCGACGGACCUCCGUGUUCGUUCGAGGCCAGUCUGACUCUGACGACAAGGAGGUUGAGCUGCUGUCCAGACUUGGGAUUUUUGUGUCCUUGGGAGCCCUGGAAGCGCAGUUACAGGAGAUCAUCGACUUUGCGAGGGCCAUGGGGCGGUCGGCCCGAAUGCUCAUGAAGUUCGCGCGCUUCACGAAGAUCGACGAUGGCUCGUCUUUUUUGGCCAAAGAGAAUUGCUGGUUCCAGCCGGACAUCGACUUCUUCGCGAUGUUUCAUGAUGUGGUUGGUGACUGCCCGCCGGGUCACAAGAAGGAGUGGUAUGCCAGUGCGACACACCAACAUGCACACCUUCUGCGGGAGGUAUUGAAGCAUCUACGCCUGUUGUCCUUCUUCGACGAGGCCUCUGCGCCAACUGAAAUCCAGGAAACGCAUCGGACGAUGGUCAAUGCCUUGGACGACGAAGCCUGCCUCGCCGAAUUCUUCGAUGUGCGCGCAACCCGACAUCGGAGAUUCAGAGCAGAAGAGUCCCGACCCGACUUGGCAUACUCAGAGUAUAAAAACCUGGGGAGCGGGGCGGAUUUGAGCUUCGUGCCUUCCGUCCUGCCUCCAGCUUCUUGGCCCCGUCAUUCUAGUUCUUGGUCGUCGCAGUGGUCCUGGCGGUCGUCGUGCUCCUUCCGGUCGUGGUGGUCCUGGUCGUCGUGA